AUGGAUAAGAGUGCUGUCUUGAUAGCACUAGCCGAUGACACGCUCCUGACUAUAUCUGAGAGGAACCGAUGCAAGUCCGAGAAUAUUGAUCACGAGUCUCACGACAUUACGAUACAGAAGAAUUUCGAGAGACUGAGAAAUGGAAUAAAGACGCUGGAGCGAGAUUUGUCUGCCGCUGAAGAAUCGGGCAGCCUGAGCUCGAAAGAGUUGAAAGAGAGAGAAGAUAAUCUUAUCAGGCUUACAAAGCAAGUCGAGAGUUUAGAAUCGCUCAUGGGAGAAAAUCAUGACAUAAGUGCUAGAGAACUCCUGCUUGGGUUGAAUGCAUCCACAGAACCACGAAAGACAAAAACUGUAAGAUUCUCUGAUCAGAUUGUAGAGCCAGAUGAAUUGGACAAUUCUCAAGUACUUCAGUUACAACAGAGAAUCAUUCAAGAUCAGGAUGCAGAUUUAGAUCGAUUAGAUGUGGCAAUAGGACGUCAAAGAGAGAUUGGUCUCAGGAUUGGUGAAGAGCUGGAUUAUCAUGUCGAGUUGUUGGAAGACACAGAGAGUCUAGUUGAUAGAACUGAUUCUCGGUUAAAUAAAGCCAAGAGGAAUCUUGGUAAAGUUUCACGAAAAGUAAAGGAGCAUAAGCUAGGCUGUUUGGUAUUCCUGCUUAUUUUGAUUCUUUUUGUACUCGUCGCUAUUUAA